CAGCCGCCGCAGCCGCAGCCGCCCCGCGCGCCCAACCGCCGCGGCCCGCCGUCCCCCGCCCCGCCGGCCGGCCAGUCAGAGAGCGGCGAGCGGCCUCCCGCCUGGCCCCCAGAAGCGGGCGUUCGGCCGGACCCUGAGCCUCGUCCUCUCGCGCUGCGGCCGCCCGCGCCUCGUCGGCCGCCUGUCCGGCAUGAAAACCAAGUUCUGCACCGGGGGCGAGGCGGAGCCCUCACCGCUCGGGCUGCUGCUGAGCUGCGGCAGCGGCAGCGCGGCCCCGGCGCCCGGCGUGGGGCAGCAGCGCGACGCCCCCGGCGACCUCGAGUCCAAGCAGCUGGGCGGCCGGCAGCCGCCGCUCGCGCUGCCCCCGCCGCCGCCGCCGCCGCUGCCGCUGCCCCCGCCGCCCCCGCCGCCGGCCGACGAGCAGCCGGAGCCCCGGACGCGGCGCAGGGCCUAUCUGUGGUGCAAAGAGUUCCUGCCCGGCGCCUGGCGGGGCCUCCGCGAGGACCAGUUCCACAUCAGUGUCAUCAGAGGUGGCCUUAGCAACAUGCUGUUCCAGUGCUCUCUACCUGACACCACAGCCACUGUUGGCGAUGAGCCUCGGAAAGUGCUCCUGCGGCUGUAUGGAGCGAUUUUGCAGAUGGUAUUUUUGAUAAAGCUGUGGAAUGGAAAGAGGUCCUGUAAUAAAGAGGGAUCCAAACAAGCUCAGAAAGAAAAUGAAUUUCAAGGGACCGAGACCAUGGUUCUGGAGAGCGUUAUGUUUGCCAUUCUCGCAGAGCGGUCACUCGGGCCAAAACUCUAUGGCAUCUUUCCCCAAGGCCGACUGGAACAGUUCAUCCCGAGCCGGCGAUUAGAUACUGAAGAAUUAAGUUUGCCAGAUAUAUCUGCAGAAAUUGCUGAGAAAAUGGCUACGUUUCAUGGUAUGAAAAUGCCAUUCAAUAAGGAACCAAAAUGGCUUUUUGGCACAAUGGAAAAAUAUCUAAAUGAAGUGCUGAGAAUUAAAUUUACUGGGGAAUCCAGAAUUCAAAAGCUCCACAAAUUCCUCAAUUACAAUCUGCCUUUGGAACUGGAAAACCUGAGAUCAUUGCUUGAAUCUACUCCAUCUCCAGUUGUAUUUUGUCAUAAUGACUGUCAAGAAGGUAAUAUCUUGUUGCUGGAAGGCCGAGAGAAUUCUGAAAAGCAGAAACUGAUGCUCAUUGACUUCGAAUACAGCAGCUACAAUUACAGGGGAUUCGACAUUGGGAAUCAUUUCUGUGAGUGGAUAUAUGAUUAUACCUAUGAAAAGUACCCUUUUUUCAGAGCAAAUAUCCGGAAAUAUCCCACGAAGAAACAACAGCUCCAUUUUAUUUCCAGUUACUUGGCUGCAUUCCAAAAUGACUUUGAAAACCUCAGUACUAAAGAAAAAUCCAUUAUAGAAGAAGAAAUGUUGCUUGAAGUCAAUAGGUUUGCCCUUGCAUCUCAUUUCCUCUGGGGACUUUGGUCCAUUGUACAAGCCAAGAUUUCAUCUAUUGAAUUUGGGUACAUGUACCUGAAUGUGAUAACCUGGUGGCACCAGGGCAGUGUGGCUCAGCCCAGGAAGCUGUGGGAGAAGCCGCUCUCACUAAUGCUGUGGUUGUCUUUGGAGGUUGCCCUCACUUCCAGGACAGCAGACCCCUGCCUCUCCUGCUUCAGAGAAGUGCCAGGUGGUCCUCCAGUCCCGCAGUGGAGAAUGUAGGCAUUUGCACCCUAGAGGUCCAGCACUGAGCUCAGUCCUUUCUGACACGGGAUAGUAAGUGAAGAAGAGUGGGUGGCUCUUGCCCGUGCUGUGGAGGGUUUUAUUUAUCGGUUACCACUUAAUUCUCCAGCCUGUAGUGCCCGACUUCGAGUUGGAAGCUGGUAAUUACUAAAUUUGACCUCCUGUUUUUCGCAGGCAUGUUUUUUGUAAACAAGCUAGGCUAUCAUUUUUUUCUAACUUUAAGAACUGUCAGCCGGGUGCAAUGG